GAACCGGAGUUAGUCCUUAUGAAAGAAUGGUGUGUUUCUCUACAAGGUAGCGCUCGUAUAGUAAAGGAAGAUCACUCGUAUCUAUUUCCAACCCGUUAAUAUAUUUAAUGACAUUAUUCCUCCAUCUGGCCGUGGUUCUACCGAGCCCCCGAGGGCCCGUAAUCAGGUUCAUCCUACCACAAGACUCACGACAAUUUCGCUGUUGUGUUGUGACCACGGAAAUACUUUCAGUCUACUCAAGUUAUUGAGUCUUGCCGGCAACUUUAAAACUUAGAGGUGUUUUCGCGGGUUUUUUUUUGUGUUUCGUGUUAUGUUGGAAAUAUUACGUGAUGUUUUGGAUGUGAAGUGAAAUUGAUCAGUUCCAAAUGGUUCUGCAGCAGGACUUUUGGUUCUUCGAAGGAAAACUGCGGAAUUUCAACAAGGAUAGGACGUUCAUGAGAUUAGAAUGAAAAUUCAACAUCCCUGAUCCUCUUUGAACGUGCUUUGAAUAUAUGAAUGUUAUAUCAGGCACACAAUAUGUAUAUGCAAUUAUCACCUGAAGUGGUUUUAGAUCUCUCUGAUACCAAAAUGGAUGUUGUGGCGGUUUCCAAUGGACAAAUCAGAACCCAAAGAUUCUGCAAGAAAAAUACGACGACCAGAGAGAAUUAUGGAAAUCCUCCAGCCGCAUAAAACACCAAUCUCGGAGUUCAGUCGAAAAACUCUCCUACCAUAAUCGGAAAGUCCCUUAUCUAAAUUUUCCGCUGAUUGAAAUAUGGAAUUUUUGGGAGAAUUGAAUUUCCUUUCUGUAAUCGAGGAAGAACUGGAAUUCGAAACGACGGAUUAUCAGGUUAGGGAAAACUGGAACGAACUCACUGAGAAUAAAAAGAGCGACGAGAGAAAAUCUUCGAGAAUACCUGUACGUCAGGUCAGGACGCAAAUGGUUAAGAAACCUUCUGAAAAUGUUGAAGGAACGAGCAAGGAAGAUGGACCAUUGAAUGCAGAGCGGAAUUUUUCAGGGAAUCCUGUUAAAUCUAACGAUGAAGACGUUGUUGAUGGUGGACUGUACGAAAGUAUUUCGAACUCCGAAAUCUCUGUUGAUCCAGAUUUAGUCGCCAAAUAUCAAUCUUCAAGUGAAAUCGAAUUAAUAAGAACAAAGCUCGAAGAUCUUUCUGGUAUUCACAGCUUGAGAAAAUCUCUGGAAACUCUUCUAAUAUCCAAAGAGGACAAUGAUUCUAACAGAUCCAAAGACGGUCCAGAUACUCAAGUCGAUAGAGACACGAAAGUGGAAGGAAGUUGGUUAUCACCUAGCGACAACUUCGAAAGAUCGAAUCCUCCAGAUGGGGACCGAAUUGACCCCGCACCUCCCUCGCCACUAGAGAUUCCAACAGAUUCCGUGGAAAACGCCGGAAGCGACUUUUGUUCUGGCCAGGAACACUUCUAUUUCCGCGAAGCGGUCCAAAGUUUUUUACUAGCGGAAUUGGGAGAUAAGAGCUGUUUUGACAUCACGUCCUGUUCUCUGGUUCCCGCGAGUGCUCGAUUAGUUUGUAAGGAAUCUGAAGAACCUAUAUUAGAGGCCCCUGCGGAAUUCCGAAAUGGUCCGGGAGGAUCAGAGGCGAGUGAUGGAGCGUCAGAUGCAUGUCAGGCACCUCCACCGCAACCACCGUCGGUACCGGAAGAGGAAUCACCUAACCGUGACGACGACAAUACCAACUCGACGGAAACAGGCGAUACAACCCAACGAUCGGGGAAAAACGGCCCCUAUGACUGGCAGAGCCGAGAGAGCGAACGCGAGAAACAAGCCUUGGACACCGGCGGUACCGCUAGCGUCUUGGUAACGUACGCUAACAGUACCGAAGACAAUGACCAUAUAGAGCUGGAAGGUGACAAUCGAAACGUGAGUGCUUUCGAGCACGUGGGCAACGUCGCGCCCAUACAAAGACACGACAUGCUGCAAAUUGAUCGGGGAGAGACUGCAGAACCACUCGAGAGUAGCGCGGUACCACAGUCGCGUCAAUGUCAAAUUGACCGUGGUGGGUGCGGCAGCUUGGGUGAAGUUCUACGCGCGUCUGAAACAUAUGAUUGCAGUGCUUCCGAAAACCGAGCGAAAGAUGUGUGCGGGGACCGAGUUGAAGAUUCUCAUUAUAGUUCUUUUGUACCUGAUGUAUUAAGCUUCGAAGAGUGCGGAUAUAAUAGUUCAAAAAUCCCGGAUUUGUCGUGUAGUGUAAGUGAUAGUGGGAGUAGUUCGGACUCGUAUGUUAGUUCAGUGAGAAAUUUUCUGAUUGAAGAGUUUUUGGAUGAUGUACCUGAGAUGUUUAGUGACAGAUAUAAGUUCAAAUUUUCAGCUGUGGUGGGUGAUCAACUUGGUGAAGAGAAAUCUCUGGUGGGCGAACAGGACGACAAUAACAAUGUGUCAGGAAUAGAUGAACUGUUUGUUAGAAAAAACUGGAAGGAAGAAAGGUCGUCAACCGAUCCCGUCGUCCCGGCACCAUCAUCGACUCCAGCAUCCUUCUCGCCGGAAGACGGUCGUGGACGCGUUACCUCCGACGCGCACCUCCUCGGCGAUCGCCCGCCGUCGAAUCCUCCCGGAUCGAUUCACGCCGAAUCCUGUGUUCCUGCACCGGCGCCGGGGUGCAGUCCGACGAAGACGGCCGCCCCAAAAGGCUGCGUCGUGUCGAGGCAAGCUCUUCUACCAGGCUGCACCAGCUCGAACCCAGAAUUCUUCGAAACCGCCGAGAAAGACGCCGAACAAGAGCCAAACGCAGCACCAAGCCCCGAGCCCAAGAACCUCCGCUGGAGCUUCAAGAACGGGAGGUUAGUUUUCGACAGUGAAAGUGACGUGAACGACAACAAAGUUGCAGCUCCUGAUAGCAGUAAGCAGGAGGUCGAAUCUGGUGGUUUGAGGCUCAGUUCUAAGGAUAUAAACAAGAGGAUCGACGAGAACAAGUCGCGAUUGAGGUACUUGGAGGAGAAGCUGCUGAAGAAUACGGGGAUCGGCCAAGAGACCAAAGAAGGUGACGGUGGAGCAGAUGUUGCAGAACAGGUGGUCGAAGAUUGUGGACUGAAAACAGAAAGGGGCCAAGGCGAUAGGGGGGAAAGUGAUAGGACAGUGAGGACCUUGGAAGUUAAUGGAAAUGAUUAUGACGAGGAUUACGCUGAAGGAUUGACUAGCUUUACAGGUGGCGAGGAUUUCUGCCAGUUCGACGUCAGUCAGAUCAGUUCUUUCUCAUCAGUGUUGAAUGGAUAUUGCUUGGUAUACGACGAGCUCAAUCAAGGCGACGACAGCGACGAAGAGUACCACGUGAUCUCGCUAGACGAAGACGCUGAAUUAGAGGAGCAGUUCUACAUCCUGAGAAAUUUGAAAGCCAAAAUGGGGACUGAUAGUGAAAGGCCAAAGCACAACCCUGAUGCGGAGAACCUGAAAUCGCUGCUGAAGAGGCCGGGUCGAAACAGAGAUAAGAAGUCGAAUAGGGUAGUGUUUAACGAGAACAAGAAUGAGUUCUUUGAUGCGGACUACAUAAUACUGAUCCGUGAGGAAUGCGACUACGAUGACGAGGACGACGAUAGCGUCUGCACGUGUAACCAGCAUGAAAUGGUGCGCCUUACGUGUUGCGAGCCGAAUUGCAACUGUAGCGUUUACGAAGGUUAUGACCCAACCCCUCAAAGUCCGAAAUUCGCACCGCCCCUGGAAUUCGUUGACGCCGUAACUCUCAGUCCACCAGAGGGGUACAAAGAUAUGGAGCUGGAAGAGCAAGAGUUGUUCGCGUUGCAGCAAAUGGCUAGGAGAGGACAACAGAGACAUGCCGUUUGCAGAGAAUGUAGUGCCACACAUGAUGACAACGAUGACGAGGGUGAUAGUUCCCAAUCUGAUGAUGGUGGAGGACCACACUCGGAUCUAGAUGACCCUGGAGAGAGGGAGAAGACUGAUCAGAGCCAACAAACAACCCCAACUACUCCUGAAAACUGUAUAGAUGACUCCGAUCUCCACGACUUCUCGCUAGAUCGGCCACAAAUGCCUACGACGGAGCGAGGCUAUUCUUCUGACGAAGAGAGGAGGGAGGAGAGGCCGACUCCUUCGAUCCGGCUGAAUGUCCCGGCGGGAGGUUCGCCCAUAAGCGGCAUACUCAAAGGAGGCAAACUGUGGAAACAGUCCAGUUUGGACGGAGGAAAUAGCGGCAGCCUCUCCAAUAAAACGUUGGAGCUUCAACAAAAUACAGACUCGAGUGCUACAUCUGAUGAAGAGGGUAGUCAGCGGAGAUUCGUGAGAUUCAUAGAGACGGAAUCUAACGGACAAAGGGACGGAUGCGAUGGCGCUUCUGAUGAACAUACCCAAGAGGAGGUAAACAAGGAAAGGUCGGCGGAAAAUGAUAGGACAAAGCAAGAAAAUUGUCACAAUAGCGUGUCCCCAGAUACAACGGAGAUGAUGCUCACUUUCAAGCUCGGAAAUCACGUCCUGAUAUCGAACAAUAGCCUGAAGCCUAAUUCUGCAGUUAGACAGCUUUUCCCUUGCACCAAACCAUCUACUGCUGGGAAAGACGAGGAGUCGGCUCAACAAUAUCUAGUCACGGCAGAGUCUCUUCGGGCCUUCGAAGAAGCCAAAAGAUCAAAGUUGCCGCAGAUCAUUCAAAGUGGAGAAACGGAUGAAUCAAUCAAAAAGGCGAUAGAGAGGAACACCUUAAGGAGAUCGCUGAUAAGGUACGAACCAAGGAGUCGGAAGAACCAACCAAAGACGGAUAAUUCUCUCGUAGAGAGGAUCAAGCAACUAACCUGCGACGUGGAUGACGUCCAGAUUGAGCAAGAAGAGACCGAAGCACAGACAAGGGCCAGUCCUCCAGGCGAAGAAGCCAGAAAUUCUCCAGAGGUAACAGCACUGAAGCAACAGGAUAAGACGUUUUCGCCAUCAUCUUCAUCGACAUCCAGUUCAAAUGCAUCCUCAGUAUCGUCCACGUAUAAGAAAAUCACCGAUCUGUUCACGAAAAAAUCCGACAAACCCUUGGAUAAUCAGAACAAUGUAGUCCAUCAAAAUAACUCAACGCAAGAAACGAAGAUCACCCCUACACUUCCAGACCUCGGAAACGGUCCUCACGAGUUAGAUCACGCCCAUGUACCUGCUGCCAGGAUCAACUCCACAACCAACGAGUCUAGGAAACAAUUUCUCUCCUCUCUAGCGCCUCUCACUGCUUGCGUGAGUGGCAUCACAAAUGUUGAUGACUAUUACUACCAAAUGAAUAAUCACGUCAACCACGUGGGCGAGCGAGCCUCGAUGGCGAGUUCCGUGGGGACGGAGUACAGUCUGGAGGACAUCGACGAAGCACUUCGGACCGACCAGGAGGACAACAAAAGGAUAACUCCGGAUGUUCUGGCUGGUACGCCUUCCGCUUCUGAGUCCGGGGACGAGCUAGCGAUGUUUGUUCAACAGGAUGCCAGUAGGAUUGAGAGGAUUAAGAAGAAGUACCAAGCGGAAUCGAACAAAGAAGAAGACGACGAGCACGACGACUACGGUUUCAACAAGAGACCCAGCGUCCGCGGAAUAAAACCAAGAUUCGGCACCACGACUCAGAUCAUCCAAGAAAUCCAGAAUCAAAUGCAACCACCAGAAGCAGCAGCUCGAAUUUCCUGGCCUUAUUACUCAGAGAGUGGAUUAUCCAACGUGGACAAUCCAAAGGCCAAAAACCCGAACCAGAAUUUGCCGCAACAGUACCCGGCAGUUGCGCCCGAAGAGUUCAAGGCUAGAGGUUAUCCGCCACCAUAUAGACCGACGAGUUUGACUGAGGAGAAUAUGUACCAAUCGGGACAGUAUUGCAGGCAAGUCUACAGAACUAAUGGAAACCCGAACAGCUAUCCAACAGUGAUGAAAGUCGGUGCAAGGUGCAACGAAACGUAUCAGAGUCUUCCUCGUCAAAAGAGCAGCGGAAGACCAUUGUCACCUCCGCCAUCAGAGGUGUCAAGAACAUACCAUCAGACCAUGGUAUAUAUACCUUACAAUCACAUCGAAGGCUGCCAGACUGGGGUCUCUUCAAAUGUCUACUACCAACAUAGUGACUACGCAAGAGUUUCUAAUCAAAACCAGAUAAACAAAAGAUAUAUUGAACCUGUAUACCAGCAAAGAUUCCACAUGCACGUUGAGGAUCAUCACUACCAUUACAAUACGAGCGUGAUGACACAGAAUGCUCCCAAGCAACUGAUUAGAAUACCGUAUCCUCAACAGCCACACUCUGUCAACGCCAGAAGUGAAUCUCCACUGCAGUUCACUACAGCAGCGAGAGGAACGCAGACUCCUGUACCCAAUUGUAACUACUACUCCAACCCGAGGUACAGACCAGUCAGCGGUACAGUAUGGCAAGGAGACUCGAAUUACGUAAGCAAGAUGAACAGACAUAGCUUUCCUAUGGGUACCAGAUACAGCACGUCAGAUACAUCGACCGAUACUGACAGCGGGCAAGGGAUUCCAACUGUACAGAAUGGUUACAGACAGUCGAUCGAAAUAUCAUUCCCUCCUUCCAAGGACGCCCUCGGAAGCUCACCGACUAAGCCGAAAUUCACAGAGAGAGGCGUCCCAGAGGGCGCUGCUAGCGUUUCGCCUCCAGAUACCAUCAAAAUGGGUAAGAGUAAUAGCAGUACGAUGACGUCUCCGACUUCACCUCAGGGAGUAUCAAUACAAUCCCAAAAACCCAUGUUCUACGCUAUGAACGUCUGACCGAAUGAAUAGGGCCACAUCAAAAUUUCAUGGCGUUUGAAGAUCGAGGAGGUUUUUGAGAAUGUUUGACUUACUCUCUCUUUUGAAGAAUUACCUAGAGUGUGGUAGUUGACCAUAUAGGAUAAGAAACGUUCUGAUAUUCUCAUAUUUCAAUUUUCAAAAUAUAAAAAGGAAUUCCCUCAUCAUCAUAUUCCAUGAGAUAGAAAAAACUAGAUUUUUUUUCUCUUUUAUCAAAAAAGACUGGUAGUCCUUUAAGCAUCACAAGAGAAUAUUAUGAAAUUGGUCGCAAGAACGAUUCGAAUCUUAUUUGGUAAUUUCAUCCUUCAUUGUUGAAUCAUUUUUGGAUACUAAAGUACAUAAAAUUUUCUAAAAAUAUUUAUGUGAAAGAUAUUCGUAGGUUAUAAUUGUAACACUUCCUCAAUUAUGGAUACACUACGAAAUGUUUUCAGAAACAUUAAAUGUUUCUAGUUUGAAUGAGCCAUGUAAAAACUAUAAAGUAAAUAAAAAAUAUGAAUAUGUUAAUGAUGUAGGUUAUAAUAACCAACAGGCAGAACAAUUAUAGAUUAGGUUGAAAGUAUUCAAUAAAACUGGAAAAAACUUCCACAUAUCAGAACCUCAUAAAAAAACUUCAAAAAUGUCUUUAAACCUUUACAUUCAACAUCAGUCGAAUUAGAUUUUAUGAAAAACUCGAACUCUAUUGUUGAAUUAUACAGGACUGUCCACAUGGAAAGAGGAAAUGAGAAUAAGGAAAAUUCAGAUAUAGGUCUCCCAGUAUACUGAACCUUAUCUCCAAAUUAUUAUCUCUUCAGACUCACUGUAUGAUCUAUUUUAUUUUUUUGGAAAUACUUUGAAAGGGAAAAAUUCGCAUAUUGUUGAAACAUUGUUAUAAUUCUAAAUGGAACUGAAGAUGAAGAGGCAUCGUGAUAACCCAAAAACCCCAAUUUUUCCAGUUUUAAUGAAAAACAGACGAAGCUCUCCAAUGAGAGGGAUCAUUAGCGGACAGUACAUGUUUUUAAUCGUUAAAAUAAUGUAGUCAUUGUUGCCAAAAUAUGAGAUUCCAAUAUUACCAAAGUAUUAACUAGCUAGAUAAGUGUUGACCAAAAAAGAAUCAAAUUAAUAUUUUCAAGUUAUGAAUCUGAUAGUAUUGUUUGUAUAUUGUGUUGCUGUAUAUGGUAUUUCAUAUUGUGAUUCGAAUGUCCUCGAGACAAAUGUAGCUUUAAAAUAUUAAUUAGAAUCGAGUUGGUAGGGAUAUGACCCAAUGGAUUAUUCCAUGUUCGGUGCAUUCAACAAAUUGGGUCCUUACUGUUUUCAAUUAUUUUCGUUCUGUGAUUUGCUACAUAUGAAAUCCCAAUUUUCGAUUUUAUUCUUGGACAUUAUUGUUAUCACAACCAGAUAGUUGUUAGGUUCACUGAUAAUUAUAUAUCUGCCUGUGCCAAUUCGAUUUAGAUAGUUGUAACAAAAAUAUGAUAUUUAUUUAUUUGAAUGAGAUAGAUCGGUCUAAUAUUAUUUUUGUGUAGAUAAAGUUUGUAAAAAGUAUAUAUUCAAUAUUGAUGUUGCUCAGAUCCUAAUUGUAACUUACUGGAAAUGAAGAUUUGGAAUUGGUUUUGUAUUAUAUUGUACUUAAAUUAUUUUGUUAAUGUUUUUACAAUUUAUUAUUUGGUAAUAUUUUGUACCGAUUAGAGAAUUCAUUGGAAAUACAUAGGCAGUGAGAAUAUUUCCAAAACUGUACUAUUAAUAAAUAUUAAACUGAUUGUAUAAUA